CAGGCGGUAGGUGGGCUUAUUAUUCCGGGUGUUCAUGUAUAUUGAUAUAGGACAAAGCUAUCUUGUCGGCGAAACACACGGGAACGGUCGGACAGACGGGCGCCACCAUGCUGAACCAGGCGUCCCGCGAGGCGCUCUACUCGGCCACCUACCUGGAGGACUACCUGGACUGCGUGGAGAACAUGCCCGACGACCUGCAGCGCUCGCUGACGCGGCUGCGCGAACUCGACAUCCGCUACCAGUCAGUGCUGGGCGAGCUGGAGCGGCGCCAGGCGGCCGUGCGCCGCGAGUCCAACGAGCAGCUGCGCACGCGCUGCCUGCUGGCCAUGCAGCGGGCGCUGAUCGCCCUGCAGGAGGCGGCCGACGAGAAGCUGCAGCUGCUGCAGAGCGUGCACGACCUGGUGGACGGCCGCUGCCGUCAGCUCGAGCUCGACUACAAAAACCUUGAUUACGGCAAGGACCAGGAGAACCAGGCGCCAUCGGGCGGCAGCCGGUCGGCCUCUCCGCCGGCCGAGCCGCCGUCUCGCGCCACUCCGGCCGGCGCGGCCUCGGCGCUGCCCCGGCGCCGGCCGCGGCGCGCGCGCGCCGCCGAGCGGGCCUCGGCCGCGGCGGCCGCCGCCGCUGCCGCCGCCGCCGAGGACAGCACGGACGCGAGGGACGCGGAGGAGACACCGACGCGUCCCGCCAAACAGUCGCGCGGCACCGGGUCGGCCGGCCAGGGCAGCCAGAGCCGCGCCGCCAGCGCCGCCAAGCGCCGCAAGCGCAAGGCGCGCCAGGGCCGCGAGGACUCACCGAUGGACGUGCCGAUCGAGCCCGACGAGCCCACCUACUGCCUCUGCGAGCAGGUCUUCUUCGGCGAGAUGAUCGGCUGUGACAACGAGCUCUGUCCCAUCGAGUGGUUCCACUUCGCCUGCGUCAACAUCGUGCACAAGCCCAAGGGCAAGUGGUACUGCCCGCGCUGCCGCGGUGACCGCACCACCGUGAUGAAGCCGAAGCACGUGUUCCUCCGGGAGCUGGACCACUACAACAAGCAGAAGCGGGAGGACAGCGACCGCGGCCGGUCGACGCGGGACUGA